GGAGGGGCGGCGGGCAUGGCCGAGGCGCAGGGACAUCCCAGCUGCCCGGGGCCGGGGAGGGGGGCACGGCGGCGUCCGACCCCCAGGCGGGGGGGCAGAGCCCUCGGCCCAGCCCUCUGCGGAGCUCCGUGCGCUCGCCUCCCGCGGCUGCCAUCUCACCUGGGCACGGGCAGCGAGGGAGAGCAGGACAGCCCUCCCCUUGGGCAGCCGUCGGGGGCAGCGGGGCUCCGUGCGUGGGGCGAUUCCCAGCGGCCAGGGAAAGGCUCGCUCGUUUCCAUUCCGAUUUGGGUCUGAAACCUCAGGAACCCCGAAGAUGACGCUCCUGGCUUCCGAGCGAUCUAUGCUUAUCCGAAGCAAAUUCCGCUCUGUUCUCCAGCUCCGGAUACAACACCGUCGAACUCAAGAACAGCUCUCCGAACGCCAUCUCCUUCCAGCGCUCAACAAACCCCUUGCGACGUGCUCGCAGCCCAAUGGGGCACCGGGCCAGAACAAGGCCAACGAUUUCGCAAAGCUGAAAGCCUUGCCCCGGCCCUACAAGACCAGCGCUGCCAAGGGACAGCAGGUGGAAGCCUCUCCUGGAAUCCCUUCAGAGCUGCAAGACAAAAAGGCUCGCCUGGCCGAAGACCUGAGCGAGAAGAUCCUACAUCGCCCUGGACCACUUGAGUUGGUGAAGAAAAACAUCCUCCCGUUGGAUCCUGGCAUCAAGGAUGCCAUGACGGAGGCAGCUCCAGCUGCACCUGAUUCCUUUACCUUUGAGGAAGAUCUCAGUAGCUCCUCCUCCUCCUCUUCCUCCCCGUGCUUUGCGCCGUCUCCAGGAAAUGCCCCAGGGAACCCACCAACCACCUCCUCAGGGGCCGCCUUUCAACUGCCUUCACUCCUAGCAAGUCAACAUCCCGCCAGGUCGACGUCCACCUCUGAGUCCGAGUUCCCUCCCCGAGGGGGGAGCCCUCUCGCCAAGCCCCCGAUUUCGCUUCUCAAGGCGCCCCCACCCAAGGUUCCUGAGGCCAGGAAACCGCCCCGCCCCAAGAAGGUGAAGGAGCCGAGACCCAAGGUGAAGAAACUGAAGUAUCACCAGUAUAUGCCACCGGACCAGAAAGGGGAACAGGCGCCGGUGCCCAUGGAUGCCGCUUACGCCCGCCUCCUGCAGCAGCAGCAGGUCUUCCUGCAGCUCCAGAUCUUGAACCAGCAGCAGCAGCCGACGCCGACGUCGCCAGCCACCUUCUGCGUUCAAGCCCUCCAUACGGUCCCCGCCAGCAACGCCCCGGAGCAGCUGCUCAGCUUCCCUGGGACUUCCACCCCACCGAGUGGGCCCCCUCCUCCUCCUUCCCUCCCUCUUCCAUCUCCAGCCACGCCCACCUUCCCUUCGCCUCCCAAGCCAGAACUGUUGUCCGCCAAUCUGGAGGAGCUAACGGUUUCGGAACUCCGCCAGCAGCUCCGUAAACGGGGCCUACCCGUUUCGGGCACCAAGCCGGCCCUAUUAGAGCGUCUCAAGCCUUACCAGGUGGCCCGAAGCAAGCCCCCGCCCGUUCCGCUGUCCAGCACCCGCUUGGCACCUCCGGACCUGGACGAAGAGGCCCAGGUCUUGCGGGAAAAGCAACGGGUGACUGAAAAUCUGGCCCUGAAGCUCCACCGGGAGCAGAAGCAACAUGGCGACAACCUUCGGGUGGAGUUGGAGAUGCACAAGCGGAUCAAGAAUCGCCGCAAGGGAGCGUUGCCGUUGCCCGGCCAGCAGGGAGCGCCGCCACCUUAUAUCCCAAAGAGAGAGUGCCCCAAGGAGGGGGGGAAACGAGAAGACAGCUUCAUGGUCUUGUGCCCUCCGUCUUGUGAGCCGAUCAAUUCGGACAUAGAGCUGCCCCUUGAAAUCACAGCCAGCCCCCCCGACCCAGUCCCAGGGACCCGCUCCCUCGAAGAAGAGCUCCAAGAGGCCAUACAGAAAGCUCAGCUGGUGCCAAGCCAGUCCAUCGAAGACAUCUUAGAAGAGCCCCUGGUGUGUUCAGGCGACCUUCUCCAGGCACCUGCGUUGACCCCAGAGGUCGCCCCUGACCCUGUCGCUCCAUCACCCCUCAUCCACCAAGAAGCAUCGCCCCCUAAGAAGCCCUGCCCCAGCAGCGAACCCUUUUUGGUGACCUCCGCCAUCUUUGACUUCCCUGGUCCCUACGAUCUCCUUUCGACCGCCUCUUCCUCCUCGGCAUCUCUGGACUCCCUGUCCUCUGUUUUCUCCCCUGACUCUCUGGAGAUGCCCCCGUCUCCUCCGGAUGCCUGGCAAAGCAGCGGGGCCCGUUCAGGGUUUGACGCUGUCGACUGGCUGGAGGCCUUGACCACCGGUUCUGCCUCAGGCCUCGGCUCUGCCAGCCCCGUCGGCGGCAGCAUCUUCUGCACGGACUUCUUCGAUUCCCCUGACCUCGGCGUCAACCACAUGAUAGACCUGAUGGUGGAACAGUGGUAGGUGAGGCGCCGGGAGCGAAGGUCUGAAGGGAACGGGGGAAAAUCCCCCUUCUGUCUUGUAAGUUCACCGCAGUAUUGGGCAACAGUGUUGGACGGGUAAGGACGGCAGUGUUUUGGGUGGUUAGCAUCAAGCUUCAUCACGGAUGGUCUCGUUUCCAUGGGUUCCAAAUCCAGACGCUCCCUUAGAAGAACUCGGUCGCUGAACCUUCGGGUCGGGUCAGUGCCAUCUCGAAAGGCCAGGCUAUCCCAGAAUCCUUUGCGGUUCUCAACGAUGUGCCUGUCCGGAGAUAGCUCGAACUAACAUUUGGGAGGACAAGAGUUAGCCAGCUGCGCGGGAAGGGUAGAAUCGUGAUUCAGGACAGCAUUGUCUUCAACGAGCCACCAUACUUGAAAAUGGCACUUCCUGUGACAUCGUUAUGAUGCCAUUAAACCAAAUGAAUGGA